CAGACACUGAGCUAGACAGACGGUGUUUUCUGCGUUCGGUUAUUUUACAUCCAGGCUUCUCAUUGUCACAUUGCUCCCUGGCGAGAUGUACGAAUCAGGAAUUCCGAGCGUGGUUUCGAGCGGGUCGAGUCAUGACCGAAUCGCUUCACAUGUCAACGCUGGCUUCGAAGGGGAUAUGGACUUGGAAACCGACUUGCCUGCAACAGAGAAAACGGCGGGGAGAAGGGGAGACUACAGUUUGUUUUCCAUGUUGCCGAAAUCGGAAAAAAUUCGAGUCUUUUUCUAUGAUGGACUGCCUGUAAAGGAGAUGUCGAAUACGAAGCACGUGCUGCUGAGUAUCGUGCUGGGCGGGGCGUACAUCCUCUACUUCGCGGCCGUCAUGAUCAUCAAAACAAAAAUCGAGGAUACGGAUUACUGGUGUGACGCAGACGGCUUACUUAUCAUUCUGACAACACUGGUGGGAUUAGGACUCCUGUAUUUCAAGGUACUCAAGCCACUACUAGGCAAGAAAUUCACAGAAGUCGUCGUCAAACCGUGCAGUCGAAUACUCAGCCCAUUCAUACACGGUCGGUUCGCUAGUCUUAUCGGGUGCUUGUUGGUGGCCGCGGUGAUCGUCGUCGUGGUGGUAGUCGACUCCUGGAACGACCAAAUACGACUGCAGAGCCUCGUUGGCAUGGUCGUGCUGCUUCUGCUCGGUUUCCUCUUCUCGGCGGCGCCGCGGAAGGUGCGAUGGCGCCACGUGGCCUGGGGAAUGGCGCUGCAGUUCCUCCUGGGCCUGCUGAUCCUGCGCUGGUCCGUGGGGCGCGCCGUGUUCCAGUGCGUGGCCGGGAAGGUGACCACGUUCCUCGCCUUCACCGACAAGGGGUCCAGCUUCGUAUUCGGAGACCUCGUGUCCGAAAUGGGAAUCUUCGCCUUUUCGGUGCUUUCAGUGAUCCUGUUCUUCAGCUUCUGUGUGCAAAUCCUGUACCACUGGGGCGUCAUGCAGUGGGUCGUCAUGAAGCUGGGCUGGGUCCUGCAGGUCACCAUCGGCACCACCGCCUGCGAGAGUGUCAACGCCGCUGCCAACAUCUUCCUCGGCCAGACCGAAGCCCCCCUGCUGAUCAAGCCGUACCUGCCGCUUAUGACCAAGUCGGAGCUGCAUGCUGUCAUGACGGGCGGCUUCGCUACCAUCGCCGGCUCCGUCCUGGCCGCCUACAUCUCUUUCGGCAUCGACCCCGCCCACCUCUUGUCCGCCUCCGUCAUGAGCGCCCCCGCCGCCCUUGCCUACGCUAAGCUCUUCUACCCGGAGACUGAGGAGUCGAGGACGACCGCCAGUAGCAUCCAGAUCGAGAAAGGCGAGGAGACGAACUGGCUGCACGCCGCCAUGGUGGGCGUGACCAACGCCAUCCCGCUCGUGGCCAACAUCGCCGCUAACCUCAUCGCCUUCUACGCCUUCAUCGCCCUCUGCAGCCACGUCUUCGACUGGACCUGCGUGCUAGCCGGCGCCGAGGAGGGCCAGUGCUCGCUCGAGUCGUUGUUCGGGUGGAUCUUUAUGCCUCUGGCGUGGUUGAUGGGUGUGCAGUGGGCGGAGUGCGACAAGGUGGGCGAGCUGGUGGCGCUCAAGACGAUCGUGAAUGAGUUCGUGGCUUAUGCGCGGCUGGAGGAGAUGCUCGAGGCCGGGGAGCUCUCGAAACGCGCUGAGAUCAUCGCCACGUACGCCCUGUGCGGCUUUAGCAACUUCAGCUCCAUCGGCAUCAACUUGGGCGGCUUCAGCGCCAUGGCCCCCGACAGGAAGGCCGACCUGGCCAAGGUCGUCGUGAGGGCCAUGAUUGCCGGAAGCGCGGCCUGCUUCCUCACUGCCUGCGUGGCCGGAACACUUAUCAGCGAGCUUCCCGAGAGCCAAACCAGAACCGUGAAAUAUGUAAACUAUCGUUUUUAUACGAGAUAUUGAGUCAAUAAAGCCUCUUAAUGAA